UUAAUUGUAUUUCAAAAAAUAAGUUUAUCUCAAAGAAAAGUAGUUGGAUAAAGUGUUAUUAAUAUUAAAUACCCAUUUCUUUAUUUAAAGUAUAACUUUAUACACAAUACCACAACAUUUUUCGCGCUUAAUUCAAAUGUAACUAAGUAAUUAUUCUAUAUAGUAGUUCUUGGUUAUGUUAUUAGUAGUAGUUAAUUUGCCAUGUACCAGUACCAUAAUAAAAUGAUUUAGUUAUAAAGAUAUUCAUGAGCACUCAUAAAUUAUGACAGACCCGGAGCGUUUGCAAAGAAUAAAAGGUGGUGCAUUCCUAGCAGCAGUCGCAGGCAUAUCUGCAUUUGUUGGAUUUGGUGCCACAUUAGCAGCAGCUAGAAAAUCUGAUCCAAAAUAUUUUAAUAAAGGGAUACAAGGCAGUGUCGAACUAGCAGAUGCUGGAGCAAUUCUGGCACUAAGAGCACUUGGAUGGGGUACUAUUUAUGCAGUUGCUGGUACAUCAUGUCUUUGUUAUGGUAUAUGGAAAUUGUCUGGAGCUAAAGAUCUUAAAGACUUUCGUAUCAAAAUGGGGAAUAUGCUGCCUAUACUGCCAAAGAAUAACCCACCAAAAUCGAGGACAGAAUUUAGUGGAUUAAAUGAUCUCCUAACCUAUUUAUCAGAAGACUAUGGGAAGAAGAAAUAAAACUAUAACAAGCUGUUAUGAUUAGUUCAAAUAUAUAUUUAUGUAGUCAAA